AAACCAAUUCACUGGAACUGUUCAUCAUUUCCUAAUCAUAUCAGUGACCAAAUCCAUCACAAUGUUCAGGAAAUGUGUGAAUUCACAACAUUUCAGACUCUUAGCCAUCAAUAAUCGUCACUUGAGUUCACAGAUCAGUGUUAAGACCAGCGAAGAUGUGGCUAAACGUAGUGAUGGCAGAGCCGUGUCUGCGGCAGAGGGUCUUCAACACAAGACUUUGACACAACAGGAGAGGCAGGAGUUGGCGAAAGUCAUCAAAAGUCCCGUUCAUAUGGACUCGUAUUGGGAGAUGAAGUUGGAGGAGAAGAUCCCGCAGAAGGUGAAGAUGUUGGACUCAAAGGGAGGCCUUUCCGUCGACUUCUUGGCCCUAAUGGCCCACAAGUUUGACUUCUCUCUGCAGGGCAUCAAACGGCGACUUCGCUAUUGGAUUGCCUUCAGAGAGAUGUAUAACCAGAGGUAUAUCGCCAGAAGACAUGCCAUAUUAGGUCCCGAGUUGGCGGUCUCUCACUUUGUGGUCUACAGGGGCGGCAAAGUUAGAUUCAGACGUAUUUACCAUUCAUUAAAU